AUGUGCUCCGAAAUCCCAGACCCGCAAGCAAGCCAAAAGGCCUUCUUGCGCAGCGGCCUGAUGUCCACAUGCCCAACCACCAUCACAUCCAAUGACUCCUGCAGCAUCUGCCUCGAGUCCUGCACCACCCACUUCCCCAGCGACUGCCCGACCAAAGAAGGAGGCAUGCCAGCAACGAUCACCAUCCGCGAAUGUGGGCACAUUUUCCAUCCAGACUGCCUCUUCAAUUGGCUGGCAGACCAUUCAACAUGCCCCAUGUGCAGACGCAAGUUGUACAAGCGCAUGGUGUGGGUUUGGAGACUGAUGGUGUUUCUUCCAGACGUAGAAGGCGAGGAGAUAGGGCGCUCGAUCAUGUGCACUGAAGCAGCCUGGAACUACGAGAUGAGUUUGUGUGGGCCGGGGCCGCAGAGGGACACGCUCAUGGGGGCGGAGUGGUGGCGGUAUUGCACCGAGGUCAUGGAUGGAGAGAGCGUAGUCCGACAGUAG